UAAAAAUAAGAAAAAUGAGAAAAAGCCCAGCGACAGGAAGCAAGAACUCGAGUAUAUAUAACCACCCUCCUCUAUCGCCACGCCUCCUCACUCCCGGAUUUAACUCUCAGCCCCACAGAGAGAGAGUGAGAGAAACACACAACACUCUCCAAGGAAAGUAGAAGAGAGAUUCUUUGAGGUUGAGAAGUAGGGAUUUUCGUUGGAGAGAUCGUAAAAGGACUGGCAUUUUGCAGGCAAUUAAUGCCUUUCAGCAAGAAGGCGUGAGACAGGGUAUUCACUCCUUUUCACGGAUAUAUAACUUUUAACGCAUUUACAGCAACGCCUACAAUUGCAGUUUUCACAACUCAAAUGGAGCUUAGCAAAGUCACGCUCGAGAUCUUUUCCAAGCUUGAGCAGAAGUGGCUAUCUCACUGUGAGCACUCCAAGAAAACGCGUGUGCUCAGCAUUGAUGGCGGUGGAACUACUGGUAUUGUCGCCGGUGCUGCUCUUAUCCACCUCGAGGACCAGAUCCGCCUCAAAGUCGGUGACCCUCAGGCUCGAGUCUCUGAUUUUUUUGACAUCAUUGCUGGCACUGGCAUUGGUGCUCUCCUCGCUGCGUUGUUGGCCGCUGAUGACGGCUCCGGCCGUCCUCUUUUCUCUGCCAGAGACGCUGUAGCAUUCCUUUCCCAGGAAAAAUCCGAGCUCUUCAAGGUCAAGCUUACUAGGUUCCUCCACCGACGCGGAAGAUUCUCCGGGAAGAGCAUAGACAGGGUAUUAAAGGAAGCAUUCAGGCGAGAUGAUGGAAAGAUCUUGACCUUAAAGGACACGUGUAAGCCUCUUCUCAUUCCUUGCUAUGACCUCAACAGCUCUGCUCCCUUUGUUUUCUCCAGAGCAGACGCGUUAGAGUCACCGAGUUUCAACUUCGAUCUCUGGAAAGUCUGCCGUGCCACGCUAGCCACGCCAAGCCUCUUUAAGCCGUUUAACUUGACGUCCGUCGACGGAAAGACCUCUUGCUGCGGCAUUGAUGGAGGUCUAGUGAUGAACAACCCGACUGCUGCUGCAGUUACACACGUGCUCCACAACAAGCGAGAUUUCCCGUCAGUCAACGGAGUAGAGGAUCUGUUGGUUCUAUCCUUGGGUAAUGGUCCAUUAAGUGGAUCGUUAAGUAGGAGGAAUCACCGGCGUAACGGGGAGUGCUCCACUUCGUCCGUUGUGGAUAUUGUUCUUGAAGGAGUUUCGGAGACUAUAGACCAAAUGUUGGGGAACGCUUUUUGUUGGAACCGUUCAGACUACGUCAGAAUCCAGGUAAAUGGAUUGACGAGCGAUGGAGUAAUGGGCCCAAAAGUGGAAGACGAGGUAUUGAAGGAGAAAGGAGUGGAGUCCUUGCCUUUUGGGGGGAAGCGGUUAAUGGAGGAGACGAACGGACAAAGAAUCGAGAGCUUUGUGCAACGCCUCGUUGCUUCAGGAAGAAGUAGCUUGCCACCUAGUCCCUGCAAGGAUUCCGCCGUAAGCCCUCUAGCCAACGGCCGUUAGCUAGUUGUGGCUUACGUCACCUCCUUUUUUUUUUUAAAACCCUUUGUAACCAAGCUCGGGUUUACUUUAACAAUCUGUGCUUGGAGUAAAACAGGUAGUAGCUAAUAAUAACCUGUUUAGACCAUCCAACCCAUGUCUAUGACUCUGUGUGGUAAAUUUGAUUAGGUAUGUUCCUUUGACCAAGGACAAAUUAUAUAGUUCUGAAGAAAAGGAAUGAAAAGUUAAUUCCAUUUAUCUAA